AAGAAAAUGACAACGAAGCUGAAAAACCUGCCUAAUUUGUUUCCAUUUUUUGAGAUUAAGAACGAAUCCACUCUUUCCGUGAAGGAAUAUUACUUGCUCUGCUGCUCAUGGAGACAUUAGCUCAGUUCAAAAUGACAUCCUUCUCGCCUGUCAGUACUAUUUUCAAGCUUCCAUCUUCACUUUCAACAGCUUCCCUUCCAACUAGGUCCUUCUCGAACCGCUCUUGGAAGUUUGGUCUAAAGUGUAGAUAUUCAGAUGCAAGCGUGAAGGAGGACUCUAUAUCGUCCACAAUAGAUAUUGUGGCAGAUGUUAAAUCUGAACGGGUCGUUGUUUUAGGAGGCAGUGGUUUUGUUGGCUCUGCAAUCUGCAAGGCUGCAGUGUCCAAGGGCAUAGAAGUCACAAGCCUUAGCAGGUCAGGCCGUCCUACUUACCCAGGUUCAUGGGUUGAUCAGGUUACUUGGAUACCAGGUGAUGUUUUUUAUGUAAAUUGGGAUGAAGUGCUUGGUGGGGCUACAGCGGUGGUUUCAACAAUUGGAGGCUUUGGCAAUGAGGAACAAAUGAAAAGGAUUAACGGCGAGGCUAAUGUUGUGGCAGUGAAUGCUGCAAAGGAUUUUGGUAUUCCCAAGUUCAUCUUGAUCUCAGUUCAUGACUACAACCUACCAUCAUUUUUACUUUCUUCUGGAUACUUCACUGGAAAGAGAAAAGCAGAAUCAGAAGUUUUAUCUAAAUAUCCAAAUUCUGGUGUUGUGCUACGACCUGGUUUCAUUUAUGGAAAAAGGAAGGUAGAUGGCUUUGAGAUUCCUCUAGAAUUGGUUGGGGAACCCUUGGAGAGAAUUCUUCGAGCUACAGAGAACUUUACCAAACCACUAGCCGCCCUACCAGCAUCUGAUUUGCUCUUAGCUCCACCCGUGAGUGUUGACGAUGUUGCUUUUGCUGUUGUCAAUGCAAUAACAGAUGAUGACUUCUUUGGCAUUUUCACAAUAGAUCAAAUUAAAGAAGCAGCAGCAAAAGUGAAGGUCUAGGUCUGUUAGCUUCCUCACAUUACAUUUAUAGAGAUAAUAAAGAGGAAUCCGGGAUAAAAUAAUCCUGCAGAUUGUAUAAUCUCUUGUAUAUGGAUGUUCAAUUACUUAGUAAAUACUCUCUCUCUCUAUCUA